AUGGAGUGUCUCAAAGACUGCUGCAAAAGCUUCAUGAAGCAACAGGAGCAGGAGACCCAAGUGAUCACGCUGAGGAUGCCUCCAAACAAAGAGGAGGUGUCAGAGUGGGAGCCGGAGGAAGGGAAGAUGGGAGUCUCAGAGGAUUACCUCCUGUCCAAGCUUCCCCCUGACGGCAGAGAGGUGCCGUUUGUCCUGCCCACCUUCAAGGCCUCGUACGUCCAACCUCGAGGGUCCCGCUAUCCCAACCUGCAGCCUGGUCCUCAGAGCUCAGCUCGGUGCACGUACGCAGAGAGGAAGGCAGAGCUGCUGGGCUCCAGCUUCCUCACCCACAGCCCUGAGUCCAGCCUCCAUCGGGGUCAGAUGGUUGAGUACCUGUCGCCCGGAUCCACCCGCAGAGACACACUGAAGAACAGAAGCUCCAGUCCCAUCAGUCCAGUUUGGAAUCUGAGGCCGGGCAGCGACCAGCGUCUGAGCAGCUCCAUGCUGGAUCUCUCCUGCUCUCAGACUCACAUACAGCACUUCGACUCGCUCACCAGCGUCCACAGCAGCUCUCCCUCCCCCAAGUUUGGCUCCAUCGAGAGCAGCUUAGAUUCCAUCACUUUGUCCGGGGACGAGCGUGACCUGGGGAAAGUGUGCGUCCAGCUGAGCUACCACGAGACUCUGGAGCAGGUGUGGAUCACUCUGGUCCAGUGUUCAGAGCUGAACCUUCCUCCUGAUGGAGCAGAACAACAGAAGGUCGGAUUCAAAGGGAUCAUCACCGUCCCCAAACCCAUACAGUUCAAGAGCUCCAUCAAGGAGUACAGUCAGGACGUGUCCUUCAUGGAGACCUUCGUGUUUGCACUGCGUCUCCAGCAGCUGCGUUGCAGUGCUCUGGUGCUGAGGCUGCAGACGCACGGCAACAAGAAGCGCACGGUGGCGGAGUGCGUCCUCUCUCUACGCCAGCUCGGGGCUCAGGAGACGGAGCACUGGCUGGACCUCAGCCCUCGAUCCAAGUCCUCUGUGUGCCACGCUGAGCUCAAUCUCACAACCUGCUUUCAGCCGGUAAACGGACGGAUCCAGCUCCAAGUCCUCGCCGCUCAAAACCUCCCAGCCUCCUUCACUCCACUCACACAAGCGUUUUUUGUCAAAGCUGAGAUGCACCAGUUGGGGCGCGUGGUGAUGAAGAAGAAGACUCGAGUGAUAAAGGCCUCAAAGGGUCAGUGUCGGUGGGCGGAGACUUUCCACUUCCUCCUGGCCGCGUUGGACCACGACUGCUCGCUGUCCGUCAAACUCUACAGCCGCAGCUCGGUCAGGAGGAAACAAUGUCUCGGACAGGUCCAGCUGGGGUUGGACAGCCCGGUACCCGAGGCGGUGGAUCAGUGGAAGGACAUGAUGGCUCAUCCGGAGAAGGUGGUGUCUGCGUGGCACGGACUGAGUCCAGCCUGAACCUCCGCUUCGUCCACCACUGAUGAUAUUCUGUUGAGCAGCUGCGCUCACUUUCUUUUCCAGUCCUUUAAAGCCACUGAAUGGACUCUGAUGGACCUGGACUGUGAGCGAUCGAGACAUUUUGGACCGGAUUCCUGCAGAGAGUUCAGGUUUCUGGUUUUUAGAAAGGGUUUCGAACAAAUCAUAAGAGCUGGAGAAUGUUAUUUUUCUCUUAGAUACAGAGGAGCACUUGCUUAACUGACAGCACACCAUGUAGAUGUACAUAACACUUGUUUUGUAAGUCACCUGAUCUGUACAUACUGCUGCUUUUAAGAACAGAUUUUGUCACCUUUAGAGGAAUGGACAGAAAGUUUACGAGUACAAAGUUAGCGUUACCAUCUUAAAUCAUAACGAUGGUGAUAUUCAGAUUGUUUUCUGUCGUCCAUGAACCCAUAAAAAGAUCAAAACCAGGACUGGAUACUUCACAAUCCUGUGUCCAGCUCACAGCUUUACCUCGG